AGGGGCACGAGGCCAAGGUAUGCCACCACGUCGACUGCCAGCAGCUGCACCGCCAGGGCCCCCUCAGCCUCUGCGGGGUCUGUGACGGCAGCGCCCACAGCGCCAUGCAUGAUGACACCCACGUUCGCUUCGACCUGCCUCCCCCAGGCUCUGUCCUGGCCCGCAAUGUGUCCACACGGUCCUGCCCUCCGCGUACCAGCCCUGCGGUGGACUUGGAGGAGGAGGAGGAAGGCUGCGUGGAUGGCAAAGGGGAUCGGAGGAACACAGGCCUGAAGCUCUCUAAGAAGAAGGCAAGGAGGAGACACACGGAUGACCCCAGCAAGGAAUGUUUUACCCUGAAGUUUGACCUGAAUGUGGACGUGAAGACGGAGAUUGUGCCGGCCAUGAGGAAGAAGUCUCUGGGGGAGGUGCUGCUGCCGGUCUUUGAAAGGAAGGGCCUUUCUCUGGGCAAAAUGGACAUCUACCUAGACCAGUCCCACACCCCGCUGUCCCUCACCUUUGAGGCCUACAGGUUCGGGGGACACUACCUGCGGGUCAAAGCCAAGCCAGGGGAUGAGGGCGCGGUGGACCAAGGCGUGAAGGACCCCAAGUCCCUGAGCCUGCCCAUCCUGCGGCCAGCCGGGGUGGUGCCCCCUGGAGAGCGCGGGGACCCUCAGUUCCGUCGGGAGAGCCUGGAUAUCCUGGCCCCGGGCCGCCGGCGCAAGAACAUGUCGGAAUUCCUGGGGGAGCCGAGCCUCCCAGGGCAGGAGCCCCACGUGCCGUCCAGCUGUUCUCUGCCCAGUGACAGCUGGAAGAACCGGGCGGCCAGUCGCUUCAGCGGUUUCUUCAGCUCUGGCCCCAGCCCCAGCACCUUCGGCCGGGAAGUGGACAAGCUGGAGCAGCUGGAAGGCAAACUGCAUGCCUACGGGCUCUUUGGGCUGCCCCGACUGCCCCGACGGCUGCGCUUUGACCAUGACUCAUGGGAGGAGGAGGACGAGGAUGAGGAGGAAGAUGAGGCCGGCCUGCGGCUGGAGGACAGCUGGCGGGAGCUCAUCGAUGGGCAUGAGAAGCUGAGCCGGCGGCAGAGCCACCAGCAGGAGGCGGUGUGGGAGCUGCUGCACACCGAGGCUUCGUACAUCAAGAAACUGCGGGUGAUCACGAAUCUGUUCCUGUGUUGCCUUCUGAACCUGCAAGAGUCAGGGCUGCUGUGCGAGGUGGAGGCCGAGCGCCUGUUCAGCAACAUCCCCGAGAUCGCGCGGCUGCACCGCAGGCUCUGGGCCACCGUGAUGGCCCCGGUGCUGGACAAGGCGCGGCGCACGCGGUCCUUGAUGCAACCCGGGGACUUCCUCAAGGGCUUCAAAAUGUUCGGCUCCCUCUUCAAGCCCUACAUCCGCUACUGCAUGGAGGAGGAGGGCUGCAUGGAGUACAUGCGAGGCCUGCUGCGCGACAACGACCUCUUCCGAGCCUACGUCACGUGGGCCGAGAAGCAUGAGCAGUGCCAGCGGCUGAAACUGAGCGACAUGCUGGCCAAGCCGCACCAGCGCCUCACCAAGUACCCGCUGCUGCUCAAGUCGCUGCUCAGGAAGACCGACGAGCCGCGCGCCAAGGAGGCCGUGGGCACCAUGAUCGACGCGGUCGAGCGCUUCAUCCGCCACGUGAACUCCUGCAUGCGGCAGCGCCAGGAGCGCCAGCGGCUGGCGGCCGUGAGCAGCCGCAUCGACGCCUACGAGGUGGUGGAGAGCGCCAGCGACGAGGUGGACAAGCUCCUGAAGGAAUUCCUGCGCCUGGACCUGAUGGCACCCAUCCUCGGGGCCUCCCCAGAGGAGACUCGGCAGCUGCUGCUGGAGGGGAGCCUGCGGAUGAAGGAGGGCAGAGACAGCAAGAUGGACGUGUAUUGCUUCCUGUUCACGGACCUGCUCCUCGUGACCAAGGCGGUAAAGAAAGCCGAGAGGACCAAAGUCAUCCGGCCACCUCUGCUGGUGGACAGGCUGGUGUGCCGGGAGCUCCGGGACCCUGGCUCCUUCCUUCUCAUCCACCUGAACGAGUUCCAGAGCGCCGUGGGGGCCUACACGUUCCAGGCCAGCGGCCAGGCUCUGUGCAGGGGCUGGGUGGACGCCAUUGACAGCGCCCAGAAUCAGCUGCAACAGCUUCGGGCCCAGGAGCAGCCAGGCAGCCAGCCCAGCCUGCAGAGCCUGGAGGAAGAGGAGGAGGAAGAAGAGGAGGAGGAGGAGGAAGGUGUUGAAAGCAGUACCUCAGCAGCCAGCUCCCCCACCAUCCUGCGCAGAAACAGCCACAGCCUAGACUCUCAGCACUGUGCCUCAGACGGCUCCACGGAGACCCUGGCCAUGGUCGUGGUGGAGCCUGGGCAGACACCACUGACCCCCGAGUCGGAGGGCGGCCCCUUCAGCUCCCAGUCCGACGAGACCUCCCUGGGGACCACCGCCUCGUCCAUCACGCCCACCGGCGAGCUGCUCCCGCUGGGCGCGGCCGACGCGCGCUCCUGCUCCAUGGACUCGGCCUACGGCACCCUCUCCCCGGCUUCCCUGCGAGACUUCGGGGCGGCGGCCCCCAGCGCGGAGCCAGCCCCCCGGCGCCCCCCGCUCCCGCCGCCCCCGUCGCCGCCCCCCUCGCCCCGCCUCCGCCGGCGCACCCCGGUGCAGCUGCUGCCCCGCGCGCCCCGCCUGCUCAAGUCCAGGUCCGAGGCCAGCCUCCUCCAGCUGCUGAGCCGGGCGCCCGCGGCCCCCGCUCGCAGCGUGUCGGAACUCUGCCUGGCGGCCACCGGCGCCGGGUCCAGGACUCAGGGCGCCCCUGCCGAGGCGGCCGGCUGGCAGGGCCGGGGGACGCGGAGCCCCGGCGGGGGCCCCCGGCAGGCAGGACCGGAGGGCGGGGCCCCCUGCCCAGAAGGGCUCCCGGAGCUGCCCGGGGGGGCCCUGCCCCGGGCCCGGCCCGAGCACCCCCCAGGGAUCUCGCCGCAGCACCGGAAGCUGACGCUGGCCCAGCUCUACCGCAUCCGAACCACGCUGCUGCUCAACUCCACGCUCACCGCCUCGUGA